UGUUCCUCGAUUUGUUCAUCUCUUUCUUUAUGGUUCUGCAUUUCCUGAUAUUCCUUCCUUCCGUUGCUUGGUCUCAGCCCCUUUCCUCCCAAACCCAAAUCGAUGGCUGGAGCAAAAGCCAGAAGCCCUAAAAAAUGAGAAAAGAGAGGUUUUUUUGAGCUUACCUGCCUGGCAUUGUGAGGGGGCGAACUUGGAGUCGGUGUUCGAGGUUUGUUUUAGGUUAGGGUUGGCUUGGGAGGGUGCUGCGGCUUUUUGUUGGGAAUGCGAAGCAAUGGCGGCGCAGUAGGCGGUUUGUGAUGGGGUGCGGGAGGUCUAAGGCGGAGGAGCCACCGCUGGUUAUGCUGUGCCGGGAGCGGCGAGAGCUCAUUCGGGCGGCGGUCGAGCACCGGUUCGCGCUCGCAGCUGCGCACGCUGCUUAUUUCAGCGCGCUCGGCCGCGUCGGGGACGCGCUGAACCGGUUCUUGCAGGAGGAGCUCGUGGCAGCGCCGGCGCUGGUGCCGCCGCCGUCCCCCGUGCUCACGUUGCCACCCGCUGAAGGCAAGGGCAAGGUGAAGGCCAAGAUGGAAAGGUCGGACAGGGAGAGCGCCAGUGGCGGUGCGGUGGGAGCUUCAGUUUCUACUUUUGCUUCGCUCACGCAUUCGCACUCGCACUCGCUUUCUGACGAUUCUCAUUUGCAUCUGCCUUCCGACACGGAACUUGAUGAAAUCGCCGGAGAAAGUAGCGAAAUCGAUGUAGGCGGCGAAGAUUCAUCGCGGUCGUUUGCUCAGCAUCCAUAUUAUGGUGCCCCCAUCCCUAAUUACUACUAUAUGAAGAAGGCGUCGACGUUCUCUUCCACGACUGUCUAUCAGAAUCCCUAUCCACAAUGGUCCAAUACAGCUUAUGUGGGAUAUGGCUACGAGUAUGGAUACGGCUAUCCAAGUUACGGUGCUCCAACAGAGUUAAUGCAAUCCCUACCUGUUCAAGAUGAGAAAUUCUAUGGUCAGAACCAAACUGUGAGGGAAGAUAAACCUGCCGAUCCACCCCCACCACCGCCGCCACCUGAAGGGUCCGCUUGGGACUUCUUCAACCCUUUUUUUUCAUAUGAGCAGACGACGCCGAGGUUCUUUGGGGAAACCUAUGGUGGGGGAUCGAUGACCAGCAGUCCUAACUCAAGCGAGGUAAGAGAGAAGGAAGGCAUCCCUGAUUUGGAAGAGGAAACGGAGCAGGAGUCCAUUAAGGAAGCUGGGAAGGAGAGGAAGGGGGACUUGACUAAGAAGAAGUUGAAAGGGAAGGAUACAGAUUCCAGAGUCUCAAGUGGGAGAAGUUCCACUGCGGAAGCAACUGGAACUUUCUCCAGUAGGAGGAGCUCGAAUGUGGCUACAAUGGAACAAGAAGCCAAUGAGAAUGCUGAUCCAGUUUCUUCAAAGGCAAAAGAAGAGAGUCAGGGUAUUUCUCAGGCCAGUAAAGUUGAAGACGAUGAGAAGGAAAUACUUACAAAAAACAGAAGCGUUAGUUUUGCUGAUGAAACAUCACCUAUCACGGAUGACACCAAGCCAGAUAGUUUAUUUAUACAUGGGACAAGGGAUAUAAUGGAUGUCGCGAAGGAUAUCAAAGAACAAUUCGAAUCAGCAGCCCACUGCGGUAAAGAGGUCUCUGAGAUUCUUGAAGUUGGCAAGUUGAAGUAUAGACCAAGGAACAGGAUUUUGAGAGUACUACUGUCUAAGAUGUUGGCCCCCGUCAAUGUGCCUGUUCCAACACAGUCACAACCUUUGUCCACCAAUUCACAGCAUUUAACUGCUGCAAGAUCACUGACAACAAAAAACCAUGAUUUGGGUGAUUUUGAUCCUGGCAAACUUUCAUCAACGCUGGAGAAGUUAUAUGUAUGGGAGAAAAGACUUCAUAAGAUCAUUCAGGAAGAAGAAAGACUGCGAAUCAAUUAUGAAAGGGAGUGGAACCAACUCAAAAUUUUGGAUGAAAAUGGUGCAGAGUCUUCACUGAUUGAUUCCACCAGGGCUUCAAUAAGAAAUCUACUUACCAAGCUAAACAUUGUAAUUAGAUCGGCCAGUCACAUUUCUAAGAGGAUACACAAGUUAAGAGAUGAGGAGUUGCGGCCUCAACUGAUUGAGCUAAUCCAAGGAUUGGUCAAAAUGUGGAGGUUUGUACUUGAUUGCCAUCACAAGCAAUUUCAGGCUAUCAUUGAAAGCAGAAGUCAUGAUCUUGUUGCCAGAACAGGUAGCUCUGUAACUAAGGCCACCAUAGAAUUGGAAGCUGAACUCCUAAAUUGGUGUUCCUGUUUCACUAAUUGGGUCCAUGCACAAAAGGCCUAUAUUGAAUGCCUGAAUGGUUGGUUGCUGAAAUGGCUUCUCCAUGAAAGGGAAGAGACGCCUGAUGGGAUUGCACCAUUCUCCCCGAGCAGGAUUGGUGCCCCUGAUGCAUUUGUAAUCACAAAUGAUUGGCAUCACAUAGUAGGCCUAUCUGAGGAUGAAGUGAUAGUCUCAAUGCGGACUUUUGCAACAAAUGUACACAGGCUGUGGGAGACACAAAACGAGGAGCAACAGCAGAAACUGAAGACUGAAUAUUUGUCCAAAGAUUUUACAAGAAGGCUUAGGUCCCUGCAAAAGGAAAAUGGAUUAAAUGAGCUGGAAGAUGUACUAGAUAAAACAGUGUUAUCCACUUCCAAUGAGGUUUUACAUCAUGAGAACAAGAUGCCCUUGGAUUCUAUAAAGAGAAGAUUGGACGAAGAGACAGCCCGGCAUGAAGAGGCCAUCAAACAAGUGCAGCAGGCAACUGCAAGUAACUUAAGAAUGGGGUUAGGUCCAAUAUUUCAAGCAUUGGAGAAUUUUUCCAUGGAGACACUGAAGAGGUAUCAGAGAGUUAGAAUCUCAGAUGGUUAAGAGAGUGUUUAAAGAAUUUUGGAUUUUCUUUUUCAAAGGGCUGAUUACACUACCAGUUGGAGAUUAUAACUAUUUUCUAAUUGGUCAUAUCCAUGUGCGGUCCAGAAAGAACAGAAUCCUGUAGUGCUAGCGUAUGAGCAGAUCUCAGAAUGUACUCAUUAGUUGUGAUGAGAGGCUUCAGCGUAGACUGUAAGGUAUGCCAUGAUAUGCACCUUCACAAGGUACCCAAUUGCAUGCACAUACUUUUGGACCCUACUGGUGGUAUUUGGAGUAACUAGUAGAAUUUAUCAGUUUGUUGAUACUUCAGAGGGUAGAAAGAUUUUUGAUUGCAUUGGCUCUGAUAAGGAAGAUAUUCUUCACUGAGCACUAAUCGGAGGUAGGAUAGCUGUAGUGAGCUUUUCAUUUGUUUCUUCACUGAGCACCAAUCUGUUUAGCUGAGUUCAUUGGAUCGCACAAGCAGACUGCCUGUAAUCUUUUGUGAAAAAUAUUCGUGCCCUCUAGGUGGUUGAAUUGGAUCUACCAUCUGUGCAUAGUUUUGAUUCAAGCCUGGAACAAAUGAAUGCUAAUUUAUGUAAAUAUCAUGCUAUUAGGGGGGAGUUAUCAAUCAAUGAUGCUUCCAGCAUCACUGUUUUGUAACGCCAAUUCUUUGUCGAGAAACAUAAAUGGAUCUAAUCUAUUUUGGCUGAGUCUUGUGCUUAUGUAGUUUGACAGUGAAAGAGCUGCACUAUUAUGAUCUAUCUAAAUCUGGAUCUUGCUCUUGUUUUAA